AAAACAUCCAUCACGCAAACAUGUUCGUCGAGGAGCUGUAAACACGACACAAAGGCCCUCAUCCAAGAGACGUGAAGCUCAUUGUUCUUUCUUCAAUGGCGUCUUAAUUCGCGCGCGAGGAUUACGCGAUGUAAUUUCACAACGCAUGUGGAGAGAGGACAGUGAUGUGAAAAGGCUGUGAGUUCAUUACUCUGUGUCAUUGCUGUGGUCCACACCCGUCAUGUCUCCUCCAGCAUCAGCUGAAUCCAGCACCACCACCCCAGUCUGUGAGGAGGACACCGACAGUCCGAGAGAAGAGCAGAGGCCGGUGAAGCAGUCGCUGAGUAAGUCCAUGUGCAGAGAGGUGUUUUGGAAAUGCCUGCUGCUCUCCACGCUCAUGUACGGGUGCGUCGGAGCCAUGGUCUGGUGCCACGUCACCCGGGUCACCCGCUCCACCAUCAUGACGCCUGUCACCUACUACGACAGCCCAUGCUCUGACGGCUACAUCUACAUCCCGCUGGCCUUCCUGGUCAUGCUGUACAUCGUGUACCUGGUGGAGUGCUGGCACUGCCACGCCAGAAACGAACUCCAGUACAAGGUGCACGUUGAGGGCAUUUACGAGCGGGUCCAGCGGAUGCAGCGGGCCAGGCCGUGCAUCUGGUGGAAGGCCAUCAGCUACCACUAUGUGCGGCGGACGCGGCAGGUGACGCGCUAUCGCAACGGCGACGCCUACACCACCACGCAGGUGUACCACGAGAGAGUGAACACCCAUGUGGCCGAGGCCGAAUUCGAUUACGGCCACUGCGGCGUUAAGGACGUCUCCAAGCAGCUAGCGGGUCUGGAGAAGUCCGCCAUCACCAAACUGAGGUUCACCAAGUGCUUUAGCUUCGCCAACGUGGAGUCGGAGAACUCCUACCUGACCCAGCGGGCGAGGUUCUUCACCGACAACGAAGGGCUGGACGACUACAUGGAGGCCCGGGAGGGGAUGCAUCUGAAAAGCGUGGACUUCAGAGAGUACACCAUCGCCUUUUCCGACCCGGACCGCCACCCCUGGUACGUCUCCAACCAUGUCUUCUGGGCGGCCGCCUUCCUCACCCUGUCGUGGCCGUUGCGGGUGCUGACAGAGCACCGCACAGCUCACGUCCACUUCCGCGUGGAGAAGCUCUUCGGCCCCGACUACGUCCCGACGACGCCGUGCGACGAGCAACCCCACUGCAGACGCAUCCCAAGAGUCAACACCAUAGACAGCACCGAGCUGGAGUGGCACAUUCGCUCCAACCAGCAGCUGGUUCCCAGUUACUCCGAGGCGGGUCUGAUGGACCUGGCCCAGCGCUCGGGAGGGCACCGGCAGAACUGCGAGCGCUGCCACCGCACCAUCAGCAGCUCGUCCGUCUUCUCCCGCAGUGCCCUGAGCAUCUGCAAUGGCAGUCCGCGCGUCCCCUUCAGCGCCAGCCGCUUCUCCCUGGGCCGUCUGUACGGCUCACGCCGCAGCUGCUUCUGGAGGAGCGGGAGCCUGGACGAUCCCGAGAGCCCCGGUGAGAACACCCGCUGCCUGUCCGGAAGAACCGCAGCCGAGGAGGACGACCCGCCGCCGUACCAGGACGCCCUUUACUUCCCGGUGCUCAUCGUGCACUGUAGCGAGAGCUGCCCAAACCAUCGCUCCGUCCACAGGAACAGCUCGUGCGUGGAGACGUCUUUAUGACCUCGUAAACCUCUCUGCAACACUCGACACCUCCUGAAAUACAAGACACAUUGUGUUCCUCAGGAAGCAUAUGUCCGUAUUCACAAACACAUCCAACGCACAAUCAUAGCAAUAUAACAAAAUCUUGCUUCAAGUCGAGAACUCAAAACAACAACAAAGCAAAAACAUGACCGUUCAGACAUUUUUCUUUUUAUUAUGAACUGUUCCACUUGAGGUUACGGCUGUGAAUGUUUUCAUCUGUGGAUUUCAUAAGCAGACAGUAUGAAAGUAAAGUAUUAUGGGGGAGUUAUCAUCAGGCAGAACUGUAUACUGUUAUUACGUCUAUAAUGGCGAUGUCAACAACAAAUAUCUCAAACCGUUUAUAAACAACAACAUAUUACACAUUUCAGGCUAUGCAACUAUCAAUCUCUGGUAUGUUACGCCUUUAAAAUGUAUAUAGGCUGUCAUAGACUGUUAAAGCUUUCUUCUGUGUAUGUAACGUACAAACUAUUUAAUGAUGAACUGAAUGAUUCAGCUUGUUCAUGGAGCGAGCUGUUAUUUAGUGAAUGUUCUAGGGAUUAGUGACGGCACCUGCCAUGAGCUCUUUAAAUAGCAUUAAUGCCGAUUCUAUAGAAAGUUACAUAAAGUUACUGCGCAUGCGCACUUUUAUGACCCCAAAUGAACUUCCGGUACACAUUCAAAAAUAAAUAGAACGCCUGUAGAUUAUUUCUGAUAACAAUCAAAAGAAACCGAGAAGAAGCGUUACUUGGCUAAACUUGUCUCUUUAAUAUUUUGAAUUUAGACUGUGAUACCAAGCUCAACCGCUUGAUGUCAGUGUACCACACGAUUCAACAAAAUGUCUAUAUAGACCUAAUCAAAUGAACAUACAACAAAAUUCAACAAAUUGUUCAUUAAAUGCAAUUUUGAAACAGUAAAAUAAUGAUACAAAUGAAUAUUAAAAUAAACCAAAUAACAUAUAAAUAGUUAUAUAGACAAUAGCAAAACCCAAACAGAAGUUAACUGGGGGUCAGUCGCGCGCGCCUGGACAUUUCUUUAAGCAGCUCUAGAUUAUUUCAUGAAUCAUAUCAAUGGUGCAGAAUACUUUCUGAUAGCUUCAUCAGUACUGAUAAGAUCCAGAAGAGACGUCCAGACCUUCAUAGGCGGUGUUGAGCAUUCCAAAGACAUGUUUUCAAUCUUUUUCAGCGUAUAUAUCUGUGGUCUGUCGCCUGUGACGUCUGAAGGUUGCGAAUGUAUUUUUCAACGUUGCGUCCUUCCACUUUUAUACUGCCUGGAUAAUGUAUAUCAUAUCACGAACGCCUUUAUGUAGCACACAUUAGACAGACAUGUUACAGUAAACUCAACGAAUAAACUGCGUGUGUGUUCAUACAGAUGUCACGUGUGUUCAAUUGGCACACAAGCUUGGAAACAACAUAACAUAUAAAGACGUUUCUACAUAGAAACGCAAUUCAUGCACACAAUUCAUCCGUUUUUGCUAUUACAAUCAUUUGUUUUUGUGAUGUUUCAUCAAAAUAUAUGAACUUGCUGAAUAUCUGAAACAAAGUAAAGGAUGAACUUGACUCGUAUGGGGAGUAAAAUCAUUCUCAUCACGCCAUGUGCUGUUUAAAGCGCAGUAACACAAACACGCCACUAGAUUGCAGCCGAGCUUCAAACGUGACAUUUAUGUCCAACAGGUUAUUCUUGCUGAAUCCUAUAUAUCUGUAGAUUUAUAAAAGUAUCUUGAAAGAAGUGAAAUGUGAAUGAUAACCAGUUGCAUGAUGAAUGGAAUGUAAAGGAGAUUAGAGCUACAGAAACCUUUGUUUGAACUACACAGCACAUGUAUAUCUCGCUGCCGGGUUUUGUUUCAUUCAAUGGAAAAACAGCAGGAAUAACUGGUUGCUGGAUGACUCUACAGAGAAAGACUGAAGCACUUAAAGAGCUUUUAUAUCUUGUGUUUUUAAAGUGUACACAUAGAGGGUUUAGUGCAGAUGUCAUCUUUUGUGUGAUUUCAUGCUCCUUCCGAAUGCUGGAACUAUUGAUCGACAAUGACAGAAGAUAAAUUCAGACAAUGUUUCUGUUAUC